GUUCCUAACGAAGGCUAUGAUUGGAUAAAAUAAUUAGAUGAACCAAUCAAAUAGCUCGGUACCUUUUAAUGAAUGAUCGUCCAUUUUGCCCCUCGUGUUUUGCAAGUCAAGGUAUCGUUGGCUGACAAAGAACAUUUAAAAUGGCUGAUCCAGAAGUUGUACCUGAUGUAGAAGCAGCAGAUGCUGGAGGUGAAGAAGAACCAACAAGUGAAGAACCAAGCAGUCAGGGAGAUGAUGUAGCUCAACCAGCAGUUCUUGCCAGUCAAUUGAUGCGGGACCCCAUGAUGCUUGCUGCUCUACAAGAUAAACUAGGCAGUAUGGUGGGAGGUAACUCUGGGUACAUACAAAGCUUGCCAAAAGCAGUGAAAAGAAGAAUUAAGGCACUUAAAAAGCUACAAUUUGAAGCUACGAAGAUUGAGGCUGAGUUUUACCGUGAAGUCCAUCGUUUAGAAUGUGAAUAUGCUGCCAAGUAUUCACCUUUGUUUGAUAAGAGAUCAACAGUGGUUACCGGAGAUUAUGAACCAAAUGAUGAGGAGGCAGACUGGCCUAGCGAUGAUGAAAAAGAUGAAGAAUUAGCAAAAGGCACAGAUGAACUUGCAUCUGGAGACAAGGAAGAAGUAAAGAACAAAGCAUCUUUAGAAGACAAGAAAGAAGAAGAUGGUGAGAAGAAAGAAGAGAAAGAAGAGGAGAGUAAAGGCAUUCCAGGUUUCUGGUUGACUAUAUUUAAAAAUGUUGAUAUGUUAGCUGAGAUGAUUCAACCCCACGAUGAACCUAUCCUUAAUCACCUGCAGGAAAUCAAAGUAGAAUUUAAAGAAAAGGACCCAAUGGGUUUCACAUUAGAAUUUUUCUUUGAACCAAAUGAAUAUUUUGAGAAUAAAAAAUUAACCAAGGAAUACAUAAUGAGAUCUGAGCCAGAAGAAGGGGACCCUUUCUCAUUUGAAGGUCCAGAAAUAAUCAAAUGUCACGGGUGUAAGAUAGAUUGGAAAAAAGGAAAGAAUGUGACAGUUAAAACAGUGAAGAAAAAGCAGAAGCAUAAAGCUAGUGGUACCACAAGAACUAUACAAAAAACAGUGCAAAGUGAUUCAUUCUUCAAUUUCUUUAGUCCACCCUCACCUCCAGAAGAUGAAGAAAUGGAUGAAGACACAGAAGCACUAUUAGCAGCUGAUUUUGAAAUAGGUCACUUCAUACGAGAACGGAUAGUUCCGAGAGCGGUCCUGUACUUUACUGGAGAGGCACUAGAAAAUGAUGAUGAUGAUGAUUAUGGGGAUGAAGAAGAAGGAGGUGAGGAAGGAGAUUAUGAUGAAGAUGCUGAUCCUGAUUAUAAUCCUGGUGGCUCCAAAUAGAAAUCAGUUUUGUAUACACACAUCUGGAAUGUUAAUAGAAGGAGAAGCCUGCAGACUGUAAACAACAAUGAAGUGCCCUGAUUCUACUGUCAGACAUUUUUCUUCAUACAAAAACAAAAUAGAAACUGUUUCCUCAUUCACUCACGUCCUUUCCGCAGUGUUCGGUUUCUUAGCCAGCUGACCAAGAAAUGGAAGCUUUUCACUUGAGUGCAUUUGUUGCUAGGCAACUAUUUACAGUUGUUCUUUUUUCCUGUGAUGUUUUCAAAGCCUCCGUUGGCGUUUUUUCAAAGCUUUCAGAAAAGAGUCUGUGUAGAAAAGUUAUUUGUUUUAAAAAACAGUGCGAAGAAGUUUUUAAUAAAUUACCAAAUACCAACUUUCAAAAUUGUUCAUACAGUGUUAGAAUGUAAACUUAUUUCAUAUAACUUUUUAUAUUAUUCUUGGUUUGUUACACAUGUUUUAAGAAGAUUUUAAAUGUUAAGAUGGGAGAAAAUAUUGUGUCAAGUGUUGCAUAUGAAAUGAAUUGAAUCAUAGCUAAAAGAUUGGUUUAUGUUUUCAUUAUUUUAACAUACAUGUAUUGGUGUAAAUGUGGUAUCAUCAAUUUUGACUCUUGAAAGGACAGGCUUUACAGCUGCUAGUGUAGUAUGUUUAUUUGUGCAAUGAUUUGGACUGUUAAUGACUUGCAAUAAUUAUGUUAAUGAAUAUUACUUAUUACAAACCACCCUCAGUGAAUAACUGUUUAUUAUCUGUAUUUUACUCGGAAUUGGUAACAUAGGACUUUCAUAUAUAUGCUCUUGAAUUAAACCUUAAUUGUUGACAAGGUCAGAUUAUUUUUUGUAAAGUGAAGUGUUCAUUUGGUCACAUUUUGUGAACUUUUGUUGAGAAAAUAAGUUUAAUUUUAUUGGCUAAAUUACCUUGUAAACUGAAUGAGAUUUUUAUGCUGACGACAGGCUAUCCUUGCUUUUAUGCUUAUAAUUUUUUUAUUUUACUUUUUUUUUUGGAAGUUGUUUCUGCAUUUUGCUUAGAAGCACAAGAGUUAAGAAGUUUAAAAUCCAAAUCCUUUUUAAUAGUAAGUUUAGAUAUUGCCAGUUGCGUUAAAUAUUUAAAGUGAUGAGAUCUCAGGAAAAAAGGGGGUUGUAUUUUCUGUAAUUGUCAAAUCUUGUGAUUAAAAGAAAAAGAAAAAAAGAUACUACUUUCAUGUUGAAAUGUGUUUGACAGAUACUUAUUGUUACCUGAGCAUAUUGAUGAACGUAAAUACUUUUUUUAUGAUUUCAAGAAUAAUAUAAGAGAAAAGAGAUCUGAUAUUAGUUAGUUAUUAUGUUGAUGGUGAGAUUACUUCAUAGUAAAGUAAGUUAUUUGAACAGCAUGGGAUUGUUGGUUCAUUUUUGUAUCAACAUUUUAGACCACCUUGAACAUUUCCAGUGUGCAAGGAGAUUUCAUUUCAUAUCAUUAUUUUAUUACCUCCCCUGAAUAUGAUACCUGAUAAGUUGUUUUCUAGUCUUUUAUUUAAAAAUAAACAUGGGAAAUCUAUAUUACAAUUAGUUUGCUGUCUCCCUUGGCAACAAGUUGUUACCAGUCUUCAAAUAUUUGAGACAUUGUAUUGAAGGGCCCAUUAUGCCCCAGACAGCAUCAAACAAACUUAUUUUACAACUACUGAUUUCGAAUUCAAAUCUCUUGGAUACAUUUCCAAAGUUAAUAUUUCAUCAGUCAUGCAUUUUUAAAAAAGAAUGUUUCAUUUUUUUUAUAAUAGAUUGUUGAAUGAUUGUUUUACCAUGCAUUUAUAGAGGUGAAGGUAUUUUUAAAAACGGCCUAGUCAGUUAAAUAUUCUUGAAAAACUAAAAUUAUGCUCGAUAAAAAAGGAGAUCUUGUAGGUAUAACACAUUGCUUGAAUGUUAAAUGUACAAUUUUUUUAAAGUUGACAAUUUUGUAUUUUUUUUGUGACUAAAUAACUUGGUCUCUAAACUUUUUUCCCCAUAAAAUAUAGAUUUUUACGCCCAUACUUCAUACACCUCGUUUACUGAAAAUAUGUUUGAUUUCAUUGCUGAAUGUUUCUUGUUGUUUUUUUGUGUGUGUAUAAUAUACAAAAGGCACUUUAAUAAUAUUGUACAUAUAUUCUGUUGGUAUCAUAAGUUUAUAAUAUAAAUGCCAUGUUUUUAAUGUAAGUUUCCCAAAUAAAUGCACUAAUCUUAAAGUGAAUAGGUCUACAACAUGCACAAUGUCCAUGCGUUUUUUUUAAGAUAAAAAAUUGAAACAUAAAUUAAAGCCAAUGAAAAUGUAUUUUUAUAAUAAAAAAUUUGUGUAGGAAAUAGUGCUAUUACAUUCCUAAGUGAAUUGAUAACCUUUCUUAAAGAUAAAUGGUUAACAUUGUGCCCCAGAAUGGAAAGCCAAUAAUAUGAUGUAUGCCAAUAAAUGUGUAUGAAUGCACACACACGAUGAACUUAAAAUAGUGCUACAGCUUAUCUGUUCUAGACCAAGUCACUUUAAGUAUAGUCUAUGCUUGUUUUGGUUGUUACAUAAAUUUGAUGCCUAACAAUUCGGUACCUAUGUAUAUAUAAAUAGUAAUCCACCUUGUUUCAACUCUCACACAGUGCUUUUGAACAAAGAUUUUUUCCCCCUUAAUAUACAGUAGUACAAAGUGAAAUUAAUUUACCAUUCACUUUUAAGUUCUAUAACUGGACCAUUUAUUGUUCAGUAUUUCAAAUUAGUAGUUUUUUCAACUGCUUUCAAAAUUGAUGUAUGGGUAAUUUCUGCUAGCUCAAGUAGAUUGUUUUUUUUCAUUCACCACGUAGGUUAUAAUGUCAUUGUGUACAUGUUAUAUAUAUGCUUAAAAUUUUGAAAGCUAUUCUCUUGGUGAUGAGACUAUUAAGGGUAGAAAAUUACAAAGAAAUAUUUGAAAUUUAUCUCGUAUUUUUGAAGACAAGGCACAAACUGAACAAAAUCACAUUUAGGGUAUGCUAGUAUUGUUCUUUAUAAACAAUUUGAUACUGGAAAAGGGUUGAGCUGUAUCAUUAACAUGUCUUCAUUAAAGAAUAUUAUUUAAGAGUUUCCACAAUAUUCGUCAUAUCAAGGAAUAUAGAUUUUUGUGAGAUUUUUAAAAAAAAUGAACCAAAAAGAAAGAAAAAACAUUUUUCUCCAAACCCAUUUCUGAAUUACUUUUUUUUAAACAGAAAGGUUACUGUGAUAGUAAGUCAUAUUGGGGAAAAUAAACUUACACACUUAAAAAAAGUAAACAUAUGUCAUUUACUGAUUAGCAUGCUUGUGUAUUUACUAUGAAAGUUGAUGUGAAAAAUGAAUAAAAUAUGUUUAAACAAUUA